AAUAACAAUGCCUGCUCCACGCCAGGUCUAUCUUCUUCCACUGAAAGACGAUGGCUCCCCAGAUGUGCCCGGGGGCUAUAUCUACCUUCCUCCACCCACCAAUCCUCCAUACUCGCUUCGCUUCGUUAUCGAAGGCAGCAGCUCGAUCUGUAGGGAAGGAAUGCUGUGGGUGAAUGUCCCGGAGGACGGGGAGCCCUUCAAACGCUCGGAAUUCCGGAGUUUCAGGUUACAUCCAGACUUCAACAAGAACAUCCAGAUCGAUAUUCCAAUCACUUCCCCAGGAUCCUUCGCGUUUUAUACUGCCUAUUCUCCACUUCCAGACUUCUCCGUUGCUCCGGUUGAGACGUCCGAACCGGUCAAGACCCCAACGCACUAUAUUGAUGUUGCACCAAGACUAACUCUUGGUGGCCGUGAUCUUCCUCUCAACGCUCUUUCAAUAUUCUCCGUGAUCUCUAAGUUCAUGGGCGCAUACCCAACGGAUUGGGAAAAUCAUUUAAAUGGAAUCAGCCAGCGCAAGUACAAUAUGGUCCAUUUUACGCCCUUGAUGAAACGCGGAGCCUCGAAUUCCCCCUACAGUAUUUUUGAUCAACUACAGUUCGAUGAGACCCUAUUCCCCAAGGGGGAGAAUGAUAUAGCUCAAAUGGUUAACAAGAUGGAAGUAGACCAUGGGCUCUUGUCACUAACAGAUGUUGUAUGGAACCAUACUGCUAAUAACAGCAAAUGGCUUGAGGAGCACCCUGAGGCUGGUUAUAGCGUUGAGACGGCCCCAUGGCUUGAGGCGGCAUUGGAGCUCGACACUGCUUUGUUGCAGUUUGGAGAAGACCUUCAAACCCUGGGUCUUCCAACGGAAUUUAAGACUGCCGACGAUCUGAUUGUUGUGAUGAACGUAAUGCGUGAACGUGUUAUCGGCAGCUUGAGGCUAUGGGAGUACUACGUUGUUAAUGUUAAAGCGGACACCCGAAGGAUCGUUGACCAAUGGGCCAAGUCUCCAGAGAUCGAUUUGGAAAGCGAUCAAUGGUCACGGUUUGCUCUGAAGGAUUUCAAGAACCUAACUCUUAAGGAUCAGGCAAGCUUCAUCCGUGAGCACGCAAUCCCAACAUCCAAAAGCAUACUUGGAAGGUUUACUCGAGCAGUCGAUGACCACCUCGGUGCGGCCAUUUUAACUGCUCUGCUUGGUCCAGUAGAUUCCAACCAUGAGGAAGCAGAGAGCAGGUUCACUCAAUUGCUCGAUGAAGUGAACCUGCCCUUUUACACAGAAUACGACGCAGACGUAUCCGAAAUAAUGGAGCAAGUCUUCAAUCGCAUCAAAUACCUAAGAAUAGAUGAUCAUGGACCCAAGCUUGGUUCUGUCACGAAAGAGAGCCCGCUUAUUGAGACAUAUUUUACAAGACUGCCCGUCAACGAAGUUACGAAGCAGCACAAAUCGACGGCACUUGCGCUUGUGAAUAACGGGUGGAUAUGGAAUGCCGACGCGUUGCGGGAUAACGCUGGACCGGACUCAAAAGCCUAUUUGAGACGAGAAGUCAUUGUGUGGGGGGAUUGUGUGAAGCUAAGAUAUGGCAACUGCCCUGAAGACAGCCCAUUUCUUUGGGAGUUCAUGACUAAAUACACUCGUCUGAUGGCUAAGUAUUUUUCGGGAUUUCGGAUUGACAAUUGCCACUCAACGCCAUUAGGAGUCGCAGAGUACCUGCUAGAUGAGGCACGAAAAGUUCGACCCAAUUUGACAGUUUUCGCUGAGCUCUUCACGGGCUCCGAAGAAGCUGAUUAUGUUUUCGUCAAGAGACUAGGCAUUAAUGCACUCAUUCGAGAGGCCAUGCAGGCUUGGAGCACCGGGGAACUAAGUCGUCUUGUACACCGCCAUGGAGGACGCCCCAUUGGCAGCUUUGACCUUGACUUGCCUACUGCAGGGAGCAGUCACGCUAUAGCCUCUGCAAGUGCUGAUAACCAGGAAGAAGCCAUUUCUCACAUACGCCCGUAUCCUGUCCAAGCUCUCUUCAUGGAUUGUACACACGAUAAUGAAAUGCCGGCGCAAAAGCGAACAGCGGUAGAUACGUUACCCAAUGCUGCAUUAGUUUCAAUGUGCGCCUCGGCUACUGGAAGCGUCAUGGGCUAUGAUGAAGUAUAUCCAAAAUUAGUUGAUCUCGUUCACGAGACACGGUUGUAUACCUCAUCGUUUUCAGGACCCUCUAAGGGGGAGUUGGCUUCUGAGGGCGGCAUUGGGAGCGUCAAGAAGAUCCUAAAUGAGCUUCACACUAUGAUGGGAGCCGAUGGAUACGAUGAGACACAUAUUCACCAUGAUGGAGAGUACAUUACAGUCCAUAGAGUUCACCCUAAGACACGAAGGGGCAUAUUUUUGAUAGCACAUACCUCUUUCCCGGGCCAGGAUGGCCAUCCCAUCCUAGCACCAACUCACCUCACCGGAACGCGAGUCAAACCACUUGGGGCAUGGAUGUUGGAAGUUGAAGCAGGAGAAAACUCCAUAGCAAAAGUCCUGGCGGAUAAGGAAUUCUUACGGGGAUUACCUAGCAGAGUUCGAGAGACUAACGCAGUUAGAGUUGAGGAACACGGUCAUGAUACCAUCAUUUCUGUUCUGGACUCCUUUAUAGCGGGGUCAAUUGCCCUCUUCGAAACGUCCAUCCCGGCAGCUGAGCAUUCCACAGGGCUGGAUCUUUACAUUACUGAAGGUGCAGAUCAGGCAUUCUCAAAGCUCAGUUUAGUUGACCUUAACUUUGUGCUCUACCGCUGUGAAGCCGAAGAAAGGGAUUCCAGUGACGGUCAGGACGGAGUAUAUGCCAUACCCAAUCAUGGGCCGUUGGUCUAUGCAGGCCUUCAGGGAUGGUGGAGCGUCCUGGAGACCAUCAUUCGAUACAACGAACUAGGACAUCCACUCUGUGCUCAUCUCCGGCAAGGCCAGUGGGCCCUUGAUUAUAUCAUAGAGCGUUUGGAGAAGGUGGCACAAAAAGACGGGUACAAUGCUCUAAGCGACCCGGCGUCCUGGUUACGGGACAAAUUCAAUGCCGUUCGUGGACUACCCAGCUUUCUCCUCCCACGGUAUUUUGCCAUUGUUCUCCAAGUCGCGUACAACGCUGCAUGGAAGCAGGGCAUUCGGCUUCUAGGAGGGAAUAUACAAAAAGGACAAGAGUUUGUGCAUCAACUGGGCAUGGUCAGCGUCCAACAAACUGGAUACGUAAAAUCCGCAUCUCUAUGGCCUACGAAACGAGUGUCAAGUCUUGCGGCCGGCCUGCCCCAUUUUGCUGUGGACUGGGCUAGAUGCUGGGGAAGAGACGUUUUCAUAUCUCUUCGAGGCUUGCUCCUCUGUACUGGCCGGUUUGAUGAUGCCAAAGAGCAUAUUCUCGCGUUUGCUAGCGUCCUCAAACACGGGAUGAUCCCUAAUCUGUUGAGCAGCGGAAAGCUUCCUCGUUACAAUUCUCGAGAUUCUGUAUGGUUCUUCCUCCAGGCUAUUCAAGAUUAUACCACAAUGGUUCCAAAUGGUAUACAGCUCCUCAGCGAGAAAGUUCCCAGGAGGUUUCUGCCGUACGAUGAUACAUGGUUCCCCUUCGACGACCCUCGUGCAUACUCUCGGCAUUCAACGAUAACGGAGGUCAUCCAGGAGGUUUUUCAACGACAUGCUCAAGGGCUGUCAUUCAAAGAGUAUAACGCUGGCCCUGGGCUUGAUAUGCAAAUGAAGCCUGAGGGUUUUCAAAUCGACGUCAAUGUUGACUGGGAGACAGGUCUGAUAUUUGGCGGUAGCCAGUUCAAUUGUGGGACCUGGCAAGACAAGAUGGGGGAGAGUGAGAAAGCCGGAAACAAAGGAUUUCCUGGUACCCCUCGUGAUGGCGCAGCCAUUGAAAUUACUGGGCUUCUCUACAGUGCUUUGACUUGGGUGGGGAAGCUAUAUGAACAGGGACUUUACCCGCACGAAGGGGUACAUAUUGGAGAUGGCAGAUCAGUUACGUUCAAGGAUUGGGCCGCCAAGAUCAAGAACAGUUUCGAGCGCUGUUAUUACGUUCCCGUGAGAUCUGAUGAAGACAGUGGAUAUGAUGUUGAUGCAAAGAUUGUCAACCGCCGUGGCAUCUACAAGGAUUUGUAUAAAUCCGGCAAGCCCUAUGAAGACUACCAACUUCGGUCCAAUUUCCCUAUUGCCAUGACUGUGUCACCGGAUCUCUUUGAUCCCUCCAAAGCUCUAACAGCACUUGCGCUUGCAGACUCAAUUCUUCUUGGUCCUGUUGGUAUGGCUACCCUCGACCCAUCCGAUCUCAACUAUCGUCCCAACUAUAACAAUUCAGAGGACUCUACGGACUUUACCACUUCCAAAGGCAGAAAUUAUCACCAGGGGCCCGAAUGGGUGUGGCAGCGAGGAUAUUUUCUUCGUGCCUUCUUACACUUUGAUCUAGCUCGCAGAACAACGCCAGAGGGACAAAUAGAAACUUAUCAGCAGGUCCUGCGACCGAAAUGGACGGAGCUGUACGCCGCACGAAGACGACAACGCUGCGCAGCUUCACACUUACCGGAGCUUCCUGAUAGCUUUUUUGGGUGGAUACCAGUGCUAUACAGGGUAACUGAAGAGGAAGUUUUGCACUCUGCGGGCUUGGAUGCGUUUGUUUUCUUGUCGUUUUUCAAGUUUGCGAUCCGAUUCUUGUCAGCUGUCUUCAUGUUCGCCGUGGUUAUCAUACUUCCGAUCCAUUACAAGUAUACCGGGAAAAGGGGGAUCCCAGGUUGGGAUGACAACGAUGAUAAUGCUCUCGGUGGGAACAAGGACAAGAAGCCCGUGACUGACCCGAACUAUUUGUGGAUGUACGUGGUCUUCACAUACAUAUUCACCGGAUUAGCGGUCUAUAUGCUACUCCAGGAGACAAACAAAAUCAUUCGUAUCAGACAGAAGUAUCUCGGCAGUCAGACUAGCACCACCGACCGGACUAUCCGCCUCUCAGGUAUUCCCCAGGACAUGGCAUCAGAAGAGAAGAUCAUUGAAUUCGUGGAGGGUCUUCAGGUUGGAAAAGUUGAGAGUGUUACUUUAUGCCGGGAUUGGCGAGAGUUAGACCACCUCGUCGACGAGCGAUUGCAAAUAUUACGGAAUCUUGAACGAGCGUGGACGAAGCACGUCGGAUACAAACGACAGACCGAAAAUGUUAGCACGUUACCGCUGGCACAUCAUCAGCCGCGUGGUUCGAGCCUGUUCUCCGAAGAUGACAGCGAGCGCAUACAGCUUCUUUCAGAGAGUGGACGAGACCACAUUGCGGACUACACACACCAACGUCCCACGAUUCGCUUGUGGUACGGACCGUUAAAGCUACGGUAUAAGAGCGUUGAUGCGAUAGACUAUUAUGAAGAAAAGCUGCGGAGGAUUGAUGAAGAGAUCCGAGUGGCGCGCCAGAAGCAGUAUCCCCCUACUGAGUUAGCAUUUGUGACCAUGGAGUCAAUUUUUGCCUCUCAGAUGGUUGUUCAGGCCAUCCUCGAUCCUCACCCUAUGCAGUUGCUUGCCCGGUUGGCACCGGCGCCGGCUGAUGUCGUGUGGAAGAAUACAUACUUGCCACGUUCGAGGCGAAUGAUGCAAUCCUGGUCCAUCACGGGCGUCAUUGGCUUCUUGACCGUGUUCUGGUCGGUACUCCUUGUUCCUCUUGCGUAUCUUCUGGAACUGGAGACGCUACACAAGGUAUUCCCACAACUAGCCGAGACGCUGGCUCGCAACCCUAUUGCGAAGUCCCUCGUCCAAACCGGUCUUCCGACUUUAGUUCUCUCGUUGAUGACUAUUGCUGUCCCUUAUCUAUAUAAUUGGCUCUCAAACCAUCAGGGAAUGACAUCGCGUGGUGACGUUGAAUUGUCCGUCAUUUCCAAGAACUUCUUCUUCUCUUUCUUCAACCUUUUCCUUGUUUUUACGGUCUUCGGAACGGCAACGACAUUCUACGAACUAUUCAAGCAUCUUCGUGAUGCGUUUCAGGAUGCCACUACCAUCGCGUUUGCGCUGGCGAAUUCGCUUGAAAACUUUGCACCAUUUUACAUCAAUCUUAUAGUCCUACAAGCUAAGACACCUCGAGAGUAUGCCGAACUGUCUACGCCACCUACUUUCAGUUACGGGUACUCGAUCCCGCAGACGAUCCUCAUCUUAAUCAUUUGUGUGGUGUAUAGCGUGUUUCCAAGCUCUUGGUUGAUCUGUCUGUUUGGACUGGUAUACUUUGCCAUCGGGAACUUCAUUUACAAGUACCAGCUCCUGUAUGCGAUGGACCAUCAGCAGCAUUCUACCGGACGUGCAUGGCCAAUGAUAUGCAGUCGAGUCCUGGUAGGCUUGAUGGUGUUCCAAGUUGCGAUGAUAGGGGUAUUCGCACUGCGCACAGCUAUCACGCGUUCCUUGAUCCUUGUGCCCCUGUUGGGCGCAACGGUGUGGUUCAGCUACUUCUUCUCUCGAAGCUAUGAGCCUCUGAUGAAGUUCAUUGCCUUGAAGAGUAUUGACCGCGAUGCCGGUGGAAACCUUUCCCCUUCACCUUCAUCCUUUUCUUCUCCAUCCGGCCUCGAUCGUGACGCCCUGCCAAUCCAAAUUGGUAGGCAAGGAGUAGAAGUCAGGCUGAACAAAUAUGUCAAUCCCAGUCUCAUUAUGCCUCUCGAUGGCGCCUGGCUUCCUGGCCACAACGUCGGCGAAUACCCUGGGUCUAUAUGA